AUGCCCUCCCAUUUGACCCGCGUCGUCUUUCGCAAUAUCAUCGCCAACGAGCCUCUUGUGUACCGAGGCUGCCGCCAGAGAGCUUUGCGACCGUCCAUCAUCAUCCAUCAUGGCGCUCGAGCGCUUCCCCAGUCGCAACGGAGGACCUUUUUUGGUGGAAUUUUUAAGACACAGCGCAAGAUCAAGAAAAUGGAUAUCCCUGUUGGACUCCAAACCAUGAGCGAGCUCAAGCAUGCCCAGAGGACGUCUGCAAGGCCCCCGAAAGAUAAGGACCUCGCAGAGGCUUUCGACAACUUUUUCGAAACCAAGAAGGGACCAUUUGAAAACUUCCACAUUCAAUUAGCAUAUGACACCUUCAAAUAUCUUUUAGCGUCUUCCAAAGAGAGCGGAGAGCAAUGGUUUACAAAGGAGAGGUUACUGUGGAUCGUCGACCUGCUCAUGAGGGGUACAAAACGUCCUGCGACCGGAGGACAGCCACACGUCGAAUUCGGCACGGCUUUGAUCGACCAGAUCAUGGAGAUGGAAUACACUGAGACCGCGGCCGACAUGUCAGAGGAGCAAGCCAAAAAAGUGAAGUUGACGAAAGAGGAAGAACUGGACUUGGUUAUGAGGCCAAUGCUUGUAAAGCUGCUGUGUUUGUUUGGUGCGGCUUCGGAGGCGAAAGAGAUCGCCACGAAGUAUUAUGACGACUAUUCUAGUACGCCAGAAUCGAGACAGACGGUUGUUCGCACUGUCUGGAACAACGUUCUGGUAGGCAUCGCACGCGAGAACAACCGUGAUGAGAUGGCAAAAGUUACAGAACUAUUCAACAAUAGUGCAGUGCCACUCACAGAUAUUGCGCAGCAAAUUAUUGUGCCCCUCUUCUCUGAACGGCGGCAGCUAGACGACGCGAAGCUGUGGUACUCGCGACCUACUGUUAAGCAUCUAAAACCAGGCGAGCUGGCUGCAGAGAAGCACAAGUCUAUCUAUUCUGCCUUGCUCAAGGCUUGCGCUCUUGAAGGCGACUUGACAUUUGGUCAAGAAGUAGUCGCUGGUCUUACCAAAGGGAAGGUGCCCGACAAGAGCGGAUGGGACGCCAUUUUUCUUUGGUCAGCAGCUCUAGGAAAGGGCGCAGAUGAAGUCGAACGGAUGAUGAACGUAAUGAUCCGCCGUACCGAAGGGACAGAGUCUCCUAUCUACCCAGACAUUGAUACCAUCAAUCUUUUGGUCGAGUUUGCUAUGUCAAAACGGGAUCCAUACUCCGCCGAGCGCUAUAUCACUAUGGGAGAAAAGCGAGGGAUAUUGCCCGAUGAGAACACCUACACGAUGCAGAUGCAGUAUCGUCUAUCUGUAAAGGAUAUUGAUGGUGCAAGAGCCGCAUACUUCAACCUGCAGGGCGAUCUCAGGGGCUCGGAAGCGAGCAUUGCGGCUAUCAACGAGCUCAUUCAAGUCUUGUGCGAGUCGAAGCACCACUAUUAUGAUGACAUCAUGGCAAUUGUAGAUGACUUGCAUGAACGGAAAGCCCAGUUUGCUCCGGAAACCGUUGCCAAGCUCUGCAUUCUGCACCUUCGCCGCGUUGAGAUCCACGAUGCCAUGGACUUGCUUCAGGUACAUGCUUUUCAGUACUCACCAGACCAGCGAGCAGUCAUCGGCAAAGCACUUCGCGAAUUCAUACUGGACAGGGAGAAUAGUACAGCAGAUGCGUGGGAUGCUUACCAGAUACUACGGAACACCUUUCCGGAAACAUCGCGUGCAAAUCGGAUGCAAUUGAUGAACGAGUUCUUCGCACGCAAACGCUCAGACAUGGCUUGCCACGUCUACUUUCAUAUGCGUAAUCACACUGGGGAAUUCCAUCAAGCAAAUCGCGAUGUUUACAUUGCUGCAUUCACAGGUUUCGCUCGGUGCACAGACGCCGAAUCCCUGGAACUCGUCAACAACCAGCUCAAGCUCGACUACAAGAUCAACAUAGACACGAAGCUUCGCAAUGCACUAAUGCUUGCUCAUGCGACUUGCGGCAACAACAAGAAAGCCUUGGAAAUAUGGAGAGAAAUCUGCGAAUCUGAGGAAGGUCCUUCAUACAACAGCAUUCCUAUCGCGUUCCGCGCAUGUGAAGGUAUAAAUUGGGGCGACCAGCACGCGAAGUCGAUUUGGGCACGAUUGAAGGAGCAAGAAGUCGAUAUUGAUAAGAAGCUGUUCAUCGCCUACCAAUCGGCCAUUGCACGCAACUGGUUGCACGAUGAGGCGUUGGCGCUUAUUGAGACAGUCGAGGAGGAGUAUGGUUAUAAGCCAGACUUUGACAUUCUCAGCAAUUGGUACAACACAACGAUCAACCUGGACAAACAAAGAAAGGUCGAGGCCUAUAUCAAAGAGCGAUAUCCCGACGUGUGGGAAAAGAUGGAGGCAGUCGGUCAUUGGGUCGCGAUGGACGGUUUUGGGUACAAGCAGUACAACAUCAACCGCGAUCUCGACCCGUAA